AUGGCUACGUAUUUGUCAGGGAGGUGGAUGUUAACCAUGGCCAGAGUCCACCCUACAGAUUUAUGUAUUAUGACAACUUUAUAGGCUAUAUGCUUUAAAUGAAUAACUGAGGUUACUAGUCUCAUGUGACAACUGCAUGUUUACACUGUUUAUGUACAAGCCGGUUUGCCAAAGUUCAACCUGCCAACAACACUUCCGGGAUCCGGGAUGACUGAAUGAGAUCAAUAUAAUUACAGCUUCAACGGGGACUGAAUCUACCUAAAAUCAUCGCAUAUAUGUAUAAGCUAAAGUACACGUUGUAAGAAACACCGCAAGAUCUCCGAAAUCAAGUUGGGUUUUAUAUAAACACAAAGCAAUGGAUUCAACAGGGUCUGCCAAAGGCAAUCAGAAAAGAUCUCCUCUGGAUCUCAUAAUAAACCAGCUCAGAAGAAAAGCCUCUUUCACAGAAAGAAAGAAACCGGCCGUGGGCCGCCUCUUCCGCCCAUCCGAGAGCAAUGGAAAGAGAAAUGGAGAGAUACCUGAACUGAAAGAAUCAGAGGGCAGUGAGGAAAAGGAGAACAGCGAACCUAAGAAAGAAGUCAAUAAUCUGGAUGAUGAGAUUGGAUCUGUGGUGGGAUGGGAUCGAGUGAAACAGUUUAUUGAGAAGUUGGGGAAAACCCCACAAAGUCAAAAUUUAAACCUGAGCCACUGCGAUCUGACAGCCACAGAUGUGGUGGAACUGGCCACCUUACUGCCAUUCCUGCCUCAGCUGGAUGUGAUGGAUCUCUCUUGGAAUGAUCUGGUGGGAGGCUCCUUGAAGGCUCUUACGGCCCAUCUGCAACAUCUGGAAAGGUUGAGAGUCCUCAAACUGUGUAGCUGCAGGUUGACGGCGCAAGAUCUCACAGCUCUUGGGGAGUCUCUGGACUGCAUUCCUUUGAUGGAGGUGAUAGAUUUGUCCUGGAAUGUUGGCAUAGGGGCAGGAAAUCUUGGAGACUUUACAUCGCGUCUCCGUGCUGACAACACACUGAAAGAACUCCGGCUGGUGGACUGUCAACUCUCAGAGACAGACAUUACAGCUCUGAGUGUGGCUCUUCCCAUGUUGUCUAGUUUGGAGGACUUGGAUCUGUCAAAUAACAAGCUGUUGGUCAAGGGAAUGAAGAACUUUACCUCUUCUUUGGGUUCUACUCCACGUCUAAAGUCCCUCAAACUGAGCAUGUGUGGACUGAAUAAAGACAGCUUCAAUAUUCUUGGUCAAGCUCUCAGGUUCAUCACAGGGCUGGAGCAGUUGGACCUGUCUUGCAACAAAGAAGCAAGUGGAGGUCUCACCUUAAUGGCCACUAAUCUUCCACAUAUUAAGCACUUAAAGAGUCUAGACUUGCAUCUGUGCUGCUUAACAAAGGAAGAUAUGUUAGCUUUAGUCCAGGUAGCUUCAUCUCUACAAGAGCUCAGAGAUCUCGAUUUGUCCUCUAAUAAAAGCGUUGGAGAUACUCUACAGGAUCUUCUGCACACCCUUCCUCUCCAUCAGAUAUCCAAACUCCCGCUGAACAACUGCGCUUUGAGCACAUCAGCAUGCCAUGCUCUCGCUGCCAACAUGGUGAACUUUAAACAGCUUGAAAGUCUGAACUUGUCUUGGAACAAGUGUGUCGGGGAAAAUCUGAAGGAAUUUUUGGAGCCUUUGAAAGCGGCUGACUCCAAACUGCAAGAACUCAGACUGAGUAGCUGUAAUUUAACCACAGAGGAUGUACUACACAUCGAAUCGGCCUGUCAACGUGGAAUUCUGUCCCGACUGAAGCAGUUAGAUCUGUCUUAUAACGGCAGUGUUGGAGAUGGUGGUUGGACGUCUUUGUUUGGAAAAGCCGGCUGUCUGAAGAACCUCGAAGAACUGGAUGUCAGUCUUCGUCCCGCCACGUGUCUUUCUGCGUCCCCCUGGCUACCCGCCCUGCUGGAAGCUCUUCCUCAGCUCCCCUGCCUCACCCGUCUGUCUAUGCAACAUUGGGCUGUCAGUUCAGCCGAGAGAGAAAAGCUGGAAAAAAUUCUUAGUAAGAAAAAUGUCAUUCUGGAAUGCGAGGCCACGCCCACAUCAAAGGCAACCGCUUACAGAGAAGUAUUGUAGCCGCUUUGAUGUUCAGUCUUUUAUGAUACUGAAGUUGCAAAGCAAGAUGUUACUGAGAAUGAAGUGUUGAUGGAUGGGUCAGAACCAUAUUUUCUACUUUAUAAUGUGUUAGAUUUUUUGAUUCUCAAACUGAAUUUAACCGUUUUACAGACAACUGAUUGUACAGUGUUGCGUCAUUCAUUUUACAUAUUUAAAAGUUAAAUUCAGGAGUGGUUAGUGUAAAAAUGAAAUCGUAUGAACUAAAAAUUAGUCAACAAAAUUUCUCUAACAAAAAUCGUGGGAAAUUUAAUGUGACACUAUAAGGCUACGUAGACACAAAACGCGUUACUCGCUCUAAAUUACUCGCGGGAUUUAACUUCGUGUCAUGCGUUUGAGGCGAAUAGCGCAUGUUUUCACAGCAAACGCGCCGCUCAUAUCGCGUCAUUCGCAUCGCCCCACGCGAGGACGCAUCUGAUCACGUCUUUGCAUUGACUUUGUAUGUAAUCUACUCGCGCAAAUCGUUGAACUCACGUCUGGUGUGAACCCACAGUAAUAAAAGUGUCAAAGCAAACCAUUUAUAUGAAUGAUAUAUUAUUCACAAUUCAAUAUGAAUGCCUGUGACAUUUCCAGACAAUGGACACAAAGACGCAAGAUGUAAGAGCAUUGUAAUUAUAAUGAAUUAUAAUUAAAGAGCACCUAUUGUCCGAUUCACGAUUUUACAUAUCCUUUGGUGUGUAAUGCUACGUACACACACCAAACGCGUAGCAUCGCGUUGCUUGCUCUAGAUUACUUGCGGGAUUUAACUUUGUGUCAUGCAAAUUUUUCGCUUGAGUUGAAUAUUUUCAACUUUGGCGAAGGCGCGUUUGAGGCGAAUAGUGUUUUCGCGCCAAUUGCGCCACCCAAUUCGCAUCGCGCAAAUUGUUAAACUCACAUCUGGUGUGAACCCACAUUAAGUGUGUAUUAGUACAUGUUAAUGAUGUGCAAAAGGUAUAAACCCCAAAGUAAACGAUGACGCAAGUUCUCUUUUUUUGGACUACAGCAAACACACGGAUUGUAGGCAGCAGUUUACUUCUUGGGCCUGUUGACAUGGACAAACCAACAUUAUAAUUCCUCCCACUUCAGACUCACAGCCUGUAAGUUAACUCCUGUUAGCAUUGCAUUGUGAGCGAAUCUUUCAAACAUGGUAAGGAGCGUCACAUUUCCGGCUGACGUCAGAGGUAUUCUGGCUAAUCACAACGUACAGGUUAGCUGGGCAAUUAGGGACACAGAACUUUUCUAAUCUGUGAGUUUUGUACAAAAUCAAAGCGUUUGAGAAAAACUGGAUAUCUGGGGCUACAAAAAUGUACGCCAUGUGGAAAAGAAUGUUUUUUGAACCAUAAACAACCCAUACACAUUGUAUUAUACCAUCAAAUACACAAAAUCCUUUUUUUUAGCAAUGAAAUAGGUGACAAUCUACUGCAAAACAAAAGAAAAAUAUACCAAAACAUUAAUUAUUUUUCAUUUUGUUUAAUUUCUUUAAAUCUUGAAUUUUUUGUUUCAGUUCAGAUCUGUCUUAAAGAAAUAUUGAAAAAAUAUAUAUACAAAUGUUAUCAUGGAUAUGAGACUAGGUCUGAGGAACCAAUGAAUCUGAUUUGAUCAGGGCCAGUGCAGAAUUACUGAAAUCUCCAUCCCAUUCACAUCGAGACGUCCAAUAGUACUGUCUGCGUAAACCAUGAGAUGCUUCUGCUAAGAAAACAUGACCGUCAACCUCAUAGGGGGAAACAUCUGUGUGCCCAUCCAACAGUCGCCCGCUGCUUAUCAGCUGGGAGAAAGCCUGCGGACAAUUACUUUCAAUGUUACUUUGUAGUUGUUAUUGAACACUGUAUUUUAUAACAUCAGAAAUGGAGUCUUACCACACACACAGGUUCCUCAAGUUUAUUUCCCCAGAUAUAAACGUGUGUGAGACUGGAAUUUACUCUGAUCGCCCUGUAGAGGGACAUAAGACCUGCUGUUCCAAUGUUGUUACUGGUAAUGGACAAUCUAGGAAACAAAGAAGACCAAAUCUGUAUGAUGACUAGAAAUGUUGAUAUUUAGUGUGCACUUUUUAUUGUAAACUUUUAAUAAUGAAUACUAGGACUGGAUUUU